CCAACAUUAGGUGCCGACCAGCCGACAAGGAAACUCGUGUCCUUUGAACUAGAGAUCUAUAUUUUGAAAUAAAUAGUGAUUUUGUGAAAAUGAAAGGCUUAAUAACAAUAAGUGCUAUAUUACUGCAAUUGAGCUGGUGUUAUGGGUAUCCAGAUCCUCGAGGGGUAGGUGCAUACGCCUACCAAGACACAGCAGGGAAUAGGUACGGUGGGACCUACGGCCUCGAUGACAAAGGCGUCACAACCGACCCUUACAACGGCCCACUGCUUACAAACUUCGCCGACAACUAUUUUCCAAAUUAUAUUAUACCGAACUACGAUAACAUUAUACAAGAGGUGAUCGCUAAUUUAGAGGCUCACAGGUUGGCAUCGUACGCUCCGUUUAAUGCGUUCGAUAUGACCGCGAACCACAUUGGUGAAUUUCCAAAUUUCUCCAGGUUCCCCCAGUUCGGACCACAGAAUUUCUUUGGCCCAAGCGGUAUGCCCUUUGACAUGUCUCAGAACAGCGCUUUCGCUAGUGGCGUUGCUGGUCCUGGAUUCACCCAGCAGAUCGCUGCUAUUAACCCGGAAAGUGACCUUAUGAAGAACGUGGCCAUUACAAACCGUUUCAACGAUGACUCCAACCCUAAUAAGUUCUACAGCGUGUCCAGCUCAUCUUAUUCUUCAUCAUCAAACCUUGGAGGUCAGGCACAAAGCAACCGUGGUGCUGAAACCGUGGUCAACAACAACGGCAAAAUUACCAAAUACAGGGUCCAAAGUUAAUUACUUAAAUCUUAACGUGACGCGAUAUUUGACGGAUGAUUAAAUAUUUUUCAUAA